AUGGCCCCUUCCGCUGUAGAACCAGAAAUCCUGGGAACUUCCGAGAAGAUCCCCAUCAAAGCUUGGACUCGCCCAGCACAAACCGAAGAAAAGCUUGAGUGGGCUCCUCUAGUUGAGAUCGAUCUAUCUCGCUUCGACGAGCCCGGCGGUAAAGAGGCACUAGCCAAGCAACUAUACGAUGCCGUGACACGAGUCGGCUUUUGGGUUGUGACUGGCCACGGAAUCAGCGAAGAGCGUGUCCUUCGUCAAUUCAGUAUAGGAAAUGCGUUCUUCAAAGAGCCGCUCGAGGAAAAGCGCAGCUUUGCUUGCAAUUUCGCUGAGGGCGAGUAUUUCGGCUAUCGCGAGAAUGAGAGGUGGAUCGGAGAUACAGGGGUCAAAGACAACGUAGAGAUGCUCAACAUCCCCAAAGCAAUCCCAGUCUGGGACGACCUGCCAAGACACAGGGUUGUGCGUCAGAACUAUGACGAGAUUGCGAGCUUCCACCGCGAUCUCUUCGAGAACGUGAUACGAAAGCUCUUCGUUCUCAUGGCUAUUAUCCUCGAGCUACCAGAGGACUACUUGGUCAACGCACACGCAUAUGACAAGCGCUCAGAUGACCACUUGCGAUACAUGAUCUAUAACACUCGAACCCAAGAAGAGUGGGAUAAGGCUCAGUCUGUGACUACUGGUGGUCACACAGACUUUGGCAGCCUGACAUUGCUUUUCUCUCAGAAUAUCGCUGGCUUGCAGAUCCGAACCCCAGAAGAGGAAUGGAAAUGGGUGAAACCUGUUGAGGGAGGUAUCACCUGCAAUGCAGCAGAUACUUUGUCAUUCCUUACCAACGGAUUCAUCAAAUCUACAAUCCACCGUGUCAUUACGCCCCCGAAAGAUCAGAUCCAGACUCCUCGUCUUGGAUUACUGUACUUUGCUAGACCUGGUGAUGAUACUAUUAUGAAAACAGUGCCAUCUCCUCUCCUUGAGCGCCUUGGGUUGCUCACUGAGGCAGAUAAAGCCAACACCGAGCCUGCGCCUACUGGAACCGAAUAUGUUCGUGCCCGGGUCCGCGAUGUACACCAUAGAAAAGUCAUCGACCGACGGGAGAACACUUCGUUUGAGUUCAAAGGGCUUAAGGUACCCAAUUAUUAUAAGUGA